AAUUUCUUUAUUUCUUUCUCUCCCUCUCUCUCCAUCGAUGCCAAUUUUGCUUCAUCCCAAAUCACUCUCGCCGAGAAAUCAGCACACCUUGUCAAUAAAUAUCCUGUAUUCAGUAAAAGUAACCAUGUAUCUUCUUCUCUCUCAUCCCAUCUCCAUCCAAUCCAUCAACUUUAGCCAUGGAUGACCCUGGGGAAGGCAGUUCGAGGUACCCUCGUAGGGCUUCCUACCCUGGCUCUGGCGAUGCUCCUCCAACCUUUGUCUAUCCCCUCACCCACGGCCUUCCCUCUUCUCCCUCUGCCCUUCCUCCUCCCCCUCCACCUCACGGUCACCUCCCCAAGUCCACCCCCUCCUACGAGCACCACUCGGUAUACCCUGGGCCUCCUACACCUGGGUUCUAUACUGGACAUCCUCUCGUCUUGCCCUAUAUGGCCCAGCAACCCAUGUAUCGCCGGAGUGACUGCUCCCACAGCACGAUCGUCCGACAGUACUGCAGGUCCCAGCUUGACGUCUGCGACAUCUGUCGCGGCCACCCGUUCCUGGGAUGGCUCUAUCAAUGUACCGAAGACACGGGAGGAUACGCUGCUCCGAUAGACGCAGAGAACGGUUCGUUCCUCAGUCCUUGGCUGUCUAAUGCUAUCGAACAGGGCCAUUACACCAAGGAGCAGACCAAGACUAUCAUCCAGCAAAAGAUCGACGUCCUGAACACUGCCGAAGCCACCAACCCUCCGUCUUCUUCGCUUCCCGGGGCUGAGGGCGACUCUGGCAUUUACGACAACAACCAUAACGACGACGAUGACGACGAAGAGGUGUGGGCUGAAACUGUCGAAAAAGUCAACCAGCUCGAUCCAAGCUCCACCUCGAGAAGCGAAGGCAAGCGUCCUGCUGCCCGCGUUUCUGAGCCCGGACCCAGCUCAUCUGUGCCACCUCCUCGUCCUCGCCCUUUGCCCUGUAAAUUUCGUUGCUGUUAUAGAUGUCGUCCGAACUUCUUCGAGCGUACCUGGCUCAGUCUCAACGACAUCAAGGACAUGGAGCCGCCGACCAUCGCCGACUUGAUGGACAGACCAAUAAAUGAUGCCAGAGUCGUCCGCAAUCUGGGACUCCGUCGUUCUCCCUCUCCUUGCGCUUCCUUUGGACCUGGCGAACAGACCUUGGGAACUCCUAGUCUCUACCGCCACCAAAACACGACUGGCGCCAAUCUUCCAGAACUCCUCAACGCGCAGGCAGAAACGCACACGAGUGCUGAGACAGAACAAGAUACCUCACAGACUCAUUCUGCUGAGAACGAGCAGGAGAUAAUCAUCGGUUUGGAUAGCGGUCUGACGACUGCCGUCGGUGAUACAUCUGUCGGUGACAAUGUGCCAGCAGAAGCCGACGACGGCAAUUGAAGACAACAUAAGACGGUAUGGCUCAUAGCCGAUUGGUGUCCACUUGAGUCAAACAUGCGAUGGGAUACGGAUCAACAUAGGAAAAGUAAAGAAAAAGCCUCCAUUACACAGAAGAGCCAGGGCCAUGCCUCCCGCGGGGGCACAUGGCCGAGGAUGGAGUUUAAAAAACGGAAUAAAAUGCAAAACUGAUAAUAAUUAAAAGGAUCAGGGCUGGGUAUCUGCUGAAUGUUCAGGCACAUAUGGAAUGGACAGGAUCCAUGAUUUGUACAAUAUUGACGAUAUGACGAGAGAUGAGGAAAUUCCAAUGCUCGGAAAUCAUCUGCCACAAUGUAUUCUGACUUGAGGAAAUCGAUUCAUAAUGAUAUCCACAUCGG